UUUUCCGCACUGGUUUCGGUUUCAGUUCGCUUGAGGACGUGCGUGCGGCAAGAACCUGCUGGAAGAGAAUCGUACCAGAUCGAACCUGGUUAAUGGUCACUGGUUAGUGUGGCUCUAAUCGAACGGAUAUCGCUUGGAUGGGCGAACGGAUAGAUGUAUGGAUCUGUGGAAUGCUGAAAAUGUGUCAAUAUGUCAGUGUUAGUGUGAGUGAGUGUCCUUGGGCGGACUAACAGGUUCGCCGUCCUCCCAAGUGUUAAAGUGCGCCCAAAAGUAUCUUCAACAAAAAUACGACAAAAAGUACAAAAAAUCUGGUGCCGCCUCUGAUUUAAGUCGAAAGUUUGCCUUAAGGAUUAAAACACCCACUUGGACUUUUAAUAGCCAAAGGACAAACGAGGCGCCGAGAGCCAGAAGUGGGAAAAGGACGAUGGAAGGAGAAGGUAGGGAAAGCUAAAACCAUAAACCCAAAGCCACCAAAUGCAAGUGCAGAACAAACUCAGCUGGGAGUGCUGAAGAACCAAGGAAGAAGGAGGAGGAAGUGCAACCUGCGCCCAAGUCUAAUUAAAAAGUCUCGCCUGAGGCUGCAGAUUGCUCAUACGCCGUGGGGAGCGCGAGUGCCCAGGUGUUCGUAUAUGUGUGUGCCAGCUUUCGGUACGAAUCUAAAGUUUACAACUCGUGAAAGCCAAUCGAGUGGUGUCGAAGUUUUUGUUCGAUUUUCUGGCGAGCCGUCAAAGAAUUAGUUUGGCAUGCGGCUGCUGUUGCCACAACUGUUGCCUGCAACAUGGAUGGCGAAAAUCGGAUUAUACUCAAUGUGGGCGGAAUAAGAUAUGAAACCUACAAGGCUACGCUUAAGAAAAUCCCCGCAACACGUCUCUCCCGACUGACUGAAGCCCUGGCCAACUACGAUCCGGUACUCAAUGAAUACUUCUUUGAUCGCCACCCCGGGGUCUUCACCCAAAUCCUCAACUAUUACAGAACUGGAAAACUGCACUAUCCAACUGACGUGUGUGGCCCGCUUUUCGAGGAGGAGCUGGAAUUCUGGGGACUCGACUCUAACCAGGUAGAACCUUGCUGUUGGUCAACCUAUAGCAUACAUCGCGAUACGCAAAACACCUUAGCCAUAUUAGAUAAGCUAGAUAUUGAAAAUGAGAAGCCCACUGAGGAGCAGAUAGCUCGUCUAUUUGGUUUUGAGGAGGCACUAAGCAACGGCGAGCUUAACUGCUGGCAGCGUCUGAAACCCAAGAUAUGGGCCAUGUUCGAUGAGCCCUCCAGCUCCACGGGUGCCAAGAUCGUUGCUGGCAUGUCGGUUUUCUUUAUAUUUGUUUCUGUGAUAUCAUUCUGCCUAAAGACCCACCCCGGCUUUCGCGUGGACCUGCCCUCCGGCCCCGAUGACCACGCCCACGGUCCAGGGGCGGGCGUACCUCCCCACGGGCACGACCCCAUGAGCGAACCGCCGCAGACCCAUCAUCAGUAUCACCAGCACAGCAUCACGCCGCCCAGCGGCAGCAUCGGACCCACCUUUCGUGUCACGAACUACACGAGCUACGGCAGCGGCAACUUCACCGCCCCCGGCCAGGCCACGCCCAUCGCCACCAUCAAGGGCGGACAGCGGCAGCGACUGAAACGGAAUACCAACGGAAGCAGCCUGAACGCGUUCAUCGAGGAGAAGCUACUGGGCCACAGUGGGAAAAGGAAGCACGGCUGGAUCGAGACCUACGGCCAGCCACACGAGGCCUUCUUCUACGUGGAGCUGGUGUGCAACGUGUGGUUCUUCAUCGAGGUCAUCAUCAGGCUGAUUGUCUCCCCCAAUCUGUGGCAGUUCAUCAAGUCGCCCGUAAAUAUCAUUGACUUUACGGCCACCCUGAGCUUCUACACGGACGUAAUGCAACGGAUGGGGGAAUAUACGGGUCUCCUGGAGGCCUUCUCCAUCGUGAGGAUAAUGCGGCUGUUCAAGCUGACACGUCACUCCCCGGGAUUGAGGAUCCUCAUCCACACGUUCAAGGCCUCGGCCAAGGAACUGACUCUGCUGGUAUUCUUCCUCGUCCUGGGCAUCGUCUUCUUCGCCAGUCUGGCGUACUAUGCGGAAAAGUUGCAGGACAAUCCGGACAACCAGUUCAAGAGUAUCCCCUUGGGACUCUGGUGGGCCAUUGUGACCAUGACCACCGUGGGAUACGGCGAUGUGGCGCCCAAAACCUAUCCGGGCAUGUUCGUGGGCGCCCUGUGUGCGCUGGCCGGUGUGUUGACCAUCGCCCUGCCCGUUCCAGUCAUCGUUAGCAACUUCUCCAUGUUCUACUCACACACUCAGGCUCGCUCCAAGCUGCCCAAGAAGCGACGACGUGUCCUGCCCGUGGAGCAGCCGCGGCGCAAGAGAGAGCCGACUGCUCCGCACCGCGGAAGGACGAAUGCCAUUAAGCAGACGCCACCCACUGGGCCGGGAUUGGUGGCCGGGGUCGUCGGUGGUCCGGCGGGAGCAGGAGGGGGAGGACUCGGUGGCCAUGCUGCGGGCCACCCCGCUGCAGGGGCGCCCAUGUUCAAGGAUGCAUUCGGCGGUGCCAAGAUUGGCACCGUGAACGUGAACGGCGUCAAUGUCAUUGGCCUGCAUCCUGCGCAAAGGACGACGACGUCGACGACGACGACGAAUGUGGCAGAUCCGACGCCGAUGUCGGCAAUGACCUACCAAGUGCCUAUGCUCCACGCCCUACCCGCCCACAGUCAUGGCCAGUCCCAUGGCCACGCCCACGCCCACGGCCUUGGCCCCGCGUCGGCGGCGAUGACGUCACCGGCAUCGCUUACAGGCUCAGCUGCUUCGGCAGCCGUUGCCACAGCCGCCGGUCCCUCCUUCAUCAGUUCGGACUACUUGAGCGUGCCGGCGGUGCAGAGCCUUCAGCCGCGGGCGGCGACGACUGGCCACGACUUCAUGCUGCCGCUCCAGCCGAAAGUUCUUGGCCCCCUGGAACGCAAGGAUCAGCAUCCGCUGCAGCUGACCGCCCACAAUUUGGCCUCGGACACGCACCAGCUGAUGUAUACGGGGCACGCCCACCCCCACGCCCACAAGGCGGGUGGCGCUGGGGCAGCGGUGCUGAGUGUGCCGCCCACCCUGAGUGUGUCGCACACACAAAUGCCGCCCGGCAUGGCCAGCAUGGGUCAGCGAACCCCCAAUCUCAGUUUCCGAGCCGCCCACGGAGCACCCUCUCACUCUCAGGUGGCCACUAUUCAGCAGCCCAUUCCGCAUGGCCACUCCUGCCACGGAUCCGCCAAUUGCAACAUCAAGAUCUCGGUGGCCUCCGCCGGUGUCACCGUGGGAUGCCAGGAGGAGUUUAGGGCCCCCAAGGUCACACUGCUGGACGAUCUCAGCGACGAGGUGAACUCCUCGACGGACGAGUGCGGGGACUGCUGUCUGGUGGAGGACAGUGAUACCUACGAGGGUGCCACCAUCAACAAUGGUCAGAGUGGCCAGGAGAACGGAGCGGAGGCCAUCGGACUGGAUGACGCCCUUCUCGACGAGGACGGGGACGAGGACGACGGCGAGGGAAGCGGUGUGGGCGGGGACAGUGGCGAUAGUCUUGGCGGAAUCUACAUCGGUCCCAGGCAUUAAUUGCCAGACAUCAAGUGGGAUUUGCCCCUCUAAAGCGGAUUUACACACCUCUGACUGUACUGCCUAUCACUGCUCCAAACGGCAACUCGGUAAAAGUAAAUAGAAGGAUAAAGGUGUUAAGAAUUUAAGAUCAUGUGUUAAGUGAAUGAAGUGCUACUCUAACCUAAAUGCUGAAUGAAACUUUUUCUAGAGCAAGGUGUGCCACACGAAGUCUUAAAUGAGAAUUGUAUCCUAAGGAGUUUUAAAACCAAGGUCAAUCAUACUCAAACUUUUGCUCAGUUCUACAACCAUUUUGUCGUUCAAAUAACUCAAUUUACAGGCAAUACUUUAAGUCAAUCCAAAUUGUUGAAAAAUUGUAUUAAAUUUUAAUUUUUGCAGUUAUUACUCAUACAAUAAUAUGAAUGUGUAAAUAAAAUUUAAGGACUAGCAGUGCUGUUGAAAUGUUUUAGUCCAAGUUAAUACUUAAAACUAACUGCAGAGAAACUUAAUAAGCUAAGUGAUCCUAAAGUUUCAGUAAAGCAAACCGAUUAACACUGUCAGGUGCUCGAAUGCUUAGCAUAAACAAUGAAUUUAAUGCAUUCCCCAUAUUAACGGGGAAGCUUCCAGGGCAAGAUGGACUAUUAUUAAGAUUACAAAUAUUUAUAGUCCCUAGAUCACUGCCUUUUCAUCCGAAAACUUUCCGAAUUCGAGCUCGAAAGCACUGCGGUUUUUUUCCAUUAAUUUUAAGACGGGGCUUUCCACAUGUCGGAAUCAUUUAUCAACAGUUUUAAUCAAUCUUUGCUCUCUACGACAAAAGACACUUCUUGUCCGGCCAAGUCAAACAUCCGUAACAUUUGUAUCAGUGUCCCUAUAACUGUCAUGUUGACAACUGUCAUUGGCAGCGUGCAUGUGGGAUUGCUAGCCAGUGUGUGAAGUGUGUGGAGUGGCGGGGUUCCCAUGCAGGCGAGCACGUCCUGACAAAGUCCUGCAAACAAAGAAAGUCGCAGAGGGACGGGUUUCAAAAAGGGAGCUGCCCGCGUACAAGGCAAACAUAUCGUCCAUAUAAAUGUGGCCACUUGUGUGCAGCCAGCCAGCGUUUUAGCACCAUAGAACUCCCACUUCCCGACACGCCAAGGUGCUUAUUGUGCAAAUCUUGGGACAAAAAUUGCUGGGACAACUAUAAAUUCCCACACUUGACUCUCACGCUCCGUUUCUCGGAUCAGACCCCGAAUCAUGGCCAAAAGUGUCUCUGGGCUUGUUUAUCUGACACAUUGACUGCCACCAUUUCAAUGAGCUGCGAGCAAAAACUGUGUCGACAAGACGCACACAAAGGGCCACCACGACAGCCAAAAACUAAAACGGCGACGACAUUUGUGGCCUUGGUGUCCUUCUUCGCCAUCUAGUCCCCCACUUCCACCCACUUUUCUUCAUUCCUGCGACUUGUGUGGUUGACCUUGUAAAUAGUCUUAUGGGGUCGCUGUGUUAAGUUUUCAUUCUUCGAAAUUUAUUCCCAUAAAUGUUAAUUGAUUUAUUCACAGCAGCUGAAAAAGAGAAAACUAAAAAGCAUGGAACUGUAAAUAUUUGAAUAUGACGGUCAAGGACUAACCAAAAUAAAUAAAACUGAACACAAAGAAAGACGGUAAAAGACAUAUUUGACUUUAAAUAAGGUUCAAUGGUAAUUUUUGGUCCAAUAUUUAUAGUUUUUGAUGUGCUGAAAAUGAUUAACAAAAAGCCGAACAAUUUUGAUUCAGAUAUGUAAGAAAACUCUAAGAAAUGAAUUGCUUUUCUAAGCAAAAGCUCGUUGUAAGUGAUCGUGAGAAAUAGUUGAGCGCAUAGAUUUAAAUAUAUAUCAUGAGGGAAAUGUUUCCAAUUAGUCAGUAUAAUCAAAUCCGUUGGUCUGAAUGUGCGUCGUUCUAAAUUUACUCUUUAUUACUUUGCCAAUCUCUGAUUAAAAUGUUAAAUAAUUGCCUAAUUGUUGUGUAAGGGUACCCUAAAAUCGGCUUGCCGGUUGCGACCAUUUUUCUCGUUUAAAUUAGAAUCUUUACUUUUAAAUGUGUAAGGAAAAAGUUGCUUUAAAUACUGUUCAAUUUAGAAAAAACCCAUGUUUUCCCAUACUAAAAAACCAAAAUUCGAAAGUAUAAAUAAUACAAAAAAGUAUAUGAAUAUGUGUUGUUAAUUCGUAAAAAAAAAACUUUAACUAAAGGUAAAAUAUAAAUAAUUUUACAUGAUCUUAAACUAAGACGGAAAUGAAUCUUUUGAUAUAAGACAUGCUGCAGCAAGCCAGUGCUCAUGGAAAAAAUAUUGUUUCAAUAGGAUUAUAGUUAGUUUAAAAAACACAAGUGAGAUACUAAACUAAUAUUAAACUUUUGCCUAGCAAAUAACUAAGUUUAGGCCGGUAAAUGCAGAAACAUUCAUUGCAUACUGAAAUCGAUACAAGAAAUAAAUCCUUUGAAGAAAUCACCCACCACAGACAGGAAACAAGAACCCGGCUGAACGUAAAUAACAAGAUUUUCGGAACUAUAAUCUCUGUGUACAUAGAUAAAUUCAAAAGAACCUAAAUUGCAUUAGUUAAAUGUGGAGAGCAGUAAAUAAAACAAUUCUACAAUAUUUAUUGUAAGUAAAGUGUCAAGAUCAGAAGAAAAACGAAAACUGUUUACAAACAAAGCGAAUUUUUAAAUGUUGAAAAAAAGUCCCGAAAAGGAAAAAAUAAACAAACAACAAAUGUGGUGUGCAAAAAAUUUAAAUUUUAACAGAAAUAAAAUUCUUUGAAAAAGCAUUCAAUAUUUUAAUGAUUUCUACACAGACACAUCAUCAUCACAACCACACGUUUUUCGGCCAAACCAAGACACGUACCGCAUUUUAUGCUAAUCAAACCGGGACGGGAAGAAAAUUCAAUUUCAGGGCCGCCCAACCAGAAGCCACAGGACAGGAUUUUUAAUUUAAAAGGGCCUGCACGAGGCACUCCCACCCACAAAAACACACGACCAAGCCAACUGCGAUUCCGACUCCCACUCACAUUUCAUUUGGCCAGGCCAUAAACAGAGGAUCAGCUUCGAGGUUGUUCUCAUAAGGCCAUUUAGAGGGAAAUUUAUGCCUGCCACCUCUGCAGUAAAAUGGACCAAAAAACACGGCCAAAAAAUACCAUCGGGCCCUUAGAAAUGGGAAACUGCAAGUGAUGGCGUCUAAUACAGACACUUAACCACUUACAACCAGGCCGACGAACACACACCGCAGUACGAUUUUGAUACACGUACACGCAGUUGGCACAUCAAAGCGCAAAUCCAUUAGGCAUAAAGCGGGAGUCAGGUGCGGAACUAUGCGGGCAGAGCCACAGAAAUCCUAUUUAUAUUGGA